UUAAAACUUUCUGCCAUUCUACUUUUUUUCGGCUCAAAUGGCAAGGACGAUUAAACGUUAUAUAAUAUGACUUUAAAAACAUUGAAAUAGAUCCCAGAAAAGAUACAAACGAGACGGAAGAGGCAGUAAACUGCGAGCGGUAAUGCUAAUCUGUUUUUUUUUUCUAUUGAGAAGCUCACCUGCCAGAUUUUGUUCCAAAGGAUCAGCAAUCAACUACAACAGGGAGAAGAGAAGAGGUAUCACUCGGAUGAAUCAAUGACAUUUGGAGUUGCUGCGGUCCGGGUGGUUCUGUUCCCAGCGGCGGUGCUGUUAUUUCGUCUUUGAAGCUUUAUCGGGGAGCAUCUGGAAAUUGCAGGGCUUGGCAGCUAUUUGCAGAUCGGAGUAAAGCCGAAAGGAGGACCUCGCCGGACCAGGAGGAAGUCAGAACUGCUAUAGGCUUCGAGGGCCUAAUCCAGACAUCUCAUCUUUUCAAUCUUAUCAGUUGUUUCUUUUUGUGAGAUCGAUUUCAACGUCCAGUACGUCAUCGGACAGAUUCCCGAAGCUCAGUUACUGUAUUUUAAUAUUGGAGACAACUGGCAUUAUUUGAAAAGUCAAAUAUAAGGCGAUGCAUGUGUUCAGGCGCUCGCUGUAGGUGUGGGUUUGGAAAGUUGCCUUCCCUCACGCAGCGCUGUCCGGGGCUUCGGGUGCGUGUCGGGCUGCUGCUGCCAGCAUGACUUUACGCUGAAGUCAAAACAAAGGAAAACUGACACAGAUCGGUAUCGCCAGUGCACGGUGCCUGUCGGUUUUUGAUCGUUUUAAGAGGCUUCGAAGAAUUUUAAGUGAAGACAUCAGUCGGUAGUUUUCUGAAUACCUCUGUUAAUACUUAAAUACCGCGCCAUCACCAGAAAGUGUUCUACAAGUGCCGCAUUUUGGUUAAGCCUUUCUGGUUUACAGACUUCUUUAACGUUUAACACUUUAAUUACAAAAAAAAUCGCCAGAAGUGCAUAGCGACCAAAAGUAAUUUUUUUCUGAGUUCCUGGAUAUUUAUGCAAAGUUUACAAAAUGGGGAAAAUGCUUUCCAAGAUAUUUGGCAAUAAGGAGAUGAGGAUAUUAAUGCUGGGACUGGAUGCAGCAGGAAAGACUACUAUCCUUUACAAACUGAAGCUGGGUCAGUCCGUCACAACUAUUCCCACUGUCGGCUUCAAUGUGGAGACCGUCACCUACAAGAACGUGAAGUUCAACGUGUGGGAUGUCGGCGGCCAGGACAAGAUCCGGCCCCUGUGGCGGCACUACUACACGGGGACGCAGGGGCUGAUCUUCGUGGUGGAUUGCGCCGAUAGAGAUCGGAUAGACGAGGCCAGACAGGAGCUGCACCGCAUCAUUAAUGACCGGGAGAUGAGGGACGCCAUCAUCUUGAUUUUUGCCAAUAAGCAAGACCUGCCCGAUGCCAUGAAGCCGCACGAGAUACAAGAGAAACUGGGUUUAACCCGCAUCAGAGAUAGGAAUUGGUACGUGCAGCCCUCCUGUGCGACUACGGGUGACGGACUGUACGAGGGGCUAACUUGGCUAACAUCGAAUUAUAAAUCUUAAUCGCUGUGACUGUUGCAAAAAUGAGAAGUUAACGCAGUCAGUUAAUAAAUAACAUGACUUCUCAGAAGAAUAAAGUUGAUUCUCCUAUUUUUCUUUAUACUGAACAUCAGCAUUUAUUUUAUUAUUUUUCUUAAAAAUGCCAUGCUUUUACAUUUUCUUUGUACGUUUGUCACAUAUGACUUAAUUAUUGUACUUUAAUUGAUAAAUGCCGCCUCCCCCAGCAAAAGGCAAUUUUGGCUUUGUCUAAUGUGUGUGUCUUGGAGGAAAGCGGAUCAUCGGGUUAUUCUACACUUUUUUUUUCCCCAGUCCCCACGUUAUUGUCAUGCUCGGAGUUAAGGUUCAGAAUGCUUACAGUCUUAGGUGGGGUUGGUGAAACGGGCUUGUGUUUGUUGUAAGAAGGGUAGUAUGCAGGUUGCCACUGAACUAAGGUACACUGUCAGUUAUAAGAAGUACAGAUACGAAUUGCUUGAGUUUGAUUGGUUUCCAUUGUAAAUUCCUCAGUCAUUUUAAACUGACCUAAAAAUGAAGGAUUAUAUGCAGUGUCACCUGAUGUCUCCUUAUCUGGUACCUGUUCCUUUCUUCUUUUGCUCUGAUCAGGGUAGUGUUCCUUUAGCAUCAGUCAGAAAAUAUAACAAUGUAGCAUAAUUUUGUAUGACAUUAAUACGAAAAUAAAGUAUUUUAUAUAACAAUA